AUGGGUGACGUUAACUUGAUAAAGGAUCAACUUGACAUUUUGCCUGCGGAAACUGACACCUAUACUGAUCCUGUCAAUACUGCAGAUCUCUGCUAUUACCAUGGGAAGGUAGAAGGAUAUCCUGAUUCUGAUGUUUCCCUAAGCUGUUGCUUUGGCCUCAGGGGAUUAAUUACACUUCAAAACAGAGCAUAUGUUGUGGAGCCACAGGCUAAUUCUACAACCAACCACCUCUUUUUCCGAGCAGAACAUCUGAAACUGGCGUCUGGGUCAUGCAGCCAAUAUUUCAAUCUCUCAGGCAUUUCGUUGAAUGACACUUUACAAUUUUCGCAAUCUUAUAUAAGAAGGCCUAAAAGAGACACUUUGAAGAUGACCAAGUACGUGGAGCUUGUUAUCGUAGCUGAUAAUCGUGAGUUUCAAAGGCAAAGGAAGGACGUGGAUGUAGUUAAACACAGACUCAUAGAAAUUGCAAAUUAUGUGGAUAAGUUUUUCAGGCCAUUAAAUAUCCGUGUAGCUUUGGUUGGAGUGGAGAUUUGGAGUGAUGCAGAUAAAUGUUCCAUAACUCAAGAUCCGUUUACAAGUCUUCAUGAAUUCCUGGACUGGCGGAAACUUAAAUUACUACCUCAGAAGCCCCAUGACAAUGCACAACUUGUAAGUGGGGUAUAUUUCCAGGGAACGACCAUUGGCAUGGCUCCUAUAUUGAGCAUGUGUACUGCAGAUAAAUCUGGUGGCGUUCUUAUGGAUCAUUCAGACAAUCCACUGGGUGCAGCGGUCACACUUGCACAUGAACUUGGACACAACUUUGGAAUGAAUCAUGACACACUGGAGAGAGGCUGUAGUUGCACAAGGUCAACAGACAAAGGCGGCUGCAUUAUGACUCCAUCUACCACAUACCCAUUCCCUACAGUAUUUAGCAGCUGCAGCAAGACAGAUUUGGACAACAGCCUGGAAAAGGGAGUGGGCAUGUGUCUCUAUAAUAUGCCUGAAGUUACAGAAUCAAUUGGAGAACAGAGGUGUGGUAAUGGAUACAUUGAAGAAGGAGAACAGUGCGAUUGUGGAGAACCAGAUGAAUGUACAAAUCCUUGCUGCAAUGCCAGUGUUUGCAAGUUAGUUCCAGGAGCUUUAUGCGCCCAUGGCUUGUGCUGUGAAGACUGCAAGCUGAAGCCAGCGGGAACACGUUGUCGGGAAUCAAGUAAUGUUUGUGAUCUGCCGGAGUUCUGCGCUGGAACAAGUGCGCACUGCCCGGCUAAUGUUUAUCUACAUGACGGUCACUCAUGUAACAGUGUAGAUGGCUACUGCUAUAACGGCAUGUGUCAAACACAUGAGCAGCAAUGUAUCACUCUCUGGGGCAAAGGAGCAAAGCCUGCCCCAAGUAUCUGCUUUGAAAAAGUCAAUUCUGCAGGCGAUCCCUAUGGAAACUGCGGCAAAGACCCAGCGGGCUCUUUUACGAAAUGUGAAAGCAGAGAUGCCAAAUGUGGAAAAAUCCAGUGUCAAGGGGGGGCAAGCCGUCCUGUAAUUGGUACCAAUGCUGUUUCCAUAGAAACUAAUAUUCCUCUGCAGGAAGGCCGGAAGAUUCUAUGUCGCGGCACUCACGUUUAUCUUGGGGAUGACUUGCCUGACCCUGGGCUUGUUCUAGCUGGCACAAAAUGUGAAGAUGGAAAAAUAUGUCUCAACCGUCAGUGCCAGAACAUCAGCUCACUUGGCAUUUAUGACUGCGCAAUUAAAUGCCAUGGACACGGAGUUUGCAACAAUAAAAAUAACUGUCACUGUGAAGCAGAAUGGGCACCUCCGUACUGUGAUAAACCAGGCUUUGGAGGAAGUGUGGACAGUGGGCCAGUGAGACAGUCUGAUCACAGAAGUUUAAUCACAGGAAUAAUAGUCACUAUUAUCUGCAUUCUGGUCGCUGCUUUUACAAUUUACCUCAAAAGAAAAGUUCUGUUCCAAUUGCUUUUUACUAGUAAGAAGACAACUAAAGAAAAAAUAAGGUCAGUGAGUCCAUCAAGAAUGGGAUGCUCAAGUGAGCUUAGCCAAGAAUAUACAUCAACCCUCUGUAAACAUCUGCCUCGUAAACCAAUAAAUGCUGAAAAAAAAGAAACUUCCAGGAAAACACCUCUCUAUCAGCCUGUAAAUAUUAGCCUUCCCAUAACGAUACUUGAAGAUCAAUCCAGUAUUUCACGGCUAGCCCAACAGCCACCUCACAAACCACCUCUCCAGAAAUCUGUGCCAGUGCGACCCCUUCCAGCAAACCCCUCUAACAGAUGUGCACAGGGAUCUGUCAAACCAAACCCCCCAAAGAAACCCCUGCCAGCAAAUCCUUUGAACAAAACUGCCAGAUUUGAUAGUGCCUUCAGCACAAUGGAUGAACAUCAGGAAUUAGUACCUCGGAUUACUCCAGUAAGGCCUGCACCACAACAUCCUCCACUGCAUCGACCCAUCAGCUCUACGCAUUACAAAUAAGAAAAAGAAACCGAUUGCCUUGUGUGACGUUUGCACUAUGUUUACCAUGAGUGGAAAUUUGUUUACUUUGCCAGCAUAUUUUUAAAUCUUAAAAUGUAAAAAACAAAACAAAAAAAAACAUAUUUUUGAAUGGCUGAGCUGUUGCAUUUGGUGCUACGAUGUGCCGCGGUGCUCGUUAUGAUUGCUCAGGUACUUGUAAAUUAUUAAUUUAUGUUACGUAUUUAGUACAGUGCGGUGCAUUGUGUUUGAUAUAUUUAACCAAAGAGAAGUUUCCAUGAAAGGGAAAUAUUUUUUAUAUUGUUUAGUACACUUGAACUGAGUGACUGCAAAAUCCAUAUUGUUGUCAUCAUUUUUAGAAAUGUUAAACUUAUCAAUAGGCACAUAAAUAAACUGUUACAGCUAUAUAUGAAGUUAGCAGCCUCAUUCCAUUUAUUGUGAAAUGUGUCCUCCAAAGUAUUUAGUCUAUAAUGUAUUUGGUAAACUAUCCUAUUAAUUUAUAUAAACGUGAAUAGCAAAUGCACAAUGUUAUUGGGUGCUAUUUAAUACACUCUAUAUUCAUGCACUGUACAAUCACAUUUCAGAAAUUACAGAAUUGCACAUGUUCCUGCUUCUUUAUGCCACCAUGCACUGCUGCACCUUACAAAUAAAUGUAGCCAUGCACAAAUAGUAUAUACAGAUGCUUUAUUACCAAUUAGAAGAUAUUUAUUUCAAUUUUUUUUUAUAUUUUGUCCAAAUGCCAUCCCGGACAGGAAGGCUUAGUCAUUUUUGGGAGGAGUUAUGGUGAGCAGGGGAGGACCUAUGCAUUCAGUAGGCUGAGCGUGGGUGGGAUUUGUUGUUUUAAGGGCGGGGUUGUGUACUAGAGAGGUCUCAUGUUUCUCUUUAGACACUGUGACAUUUACAAUUCAGGGAUAGCUGCAGGGGGAAUAACAGGGCAGAGCAAAAUGCAGGACAGUUGGGUUAUAUCCCUUUGAACAGCUAUAUUGAACCUUUUAAAAUGAAGUACACACUGGAACUAUUUACACUUCCAGAACAUCUUCCAACAGUCCCAUAUUAGCAGGAGAGUCCUGGCUGUCGCUGCUGCUGUUCCUUACAAAUGUUCAAGUUUUACAAAGGGAAAACAAGGAACUCUUAGCCUAGAUUACCUCAACCACACUAUAAACCUGUCUGACCACUCAUAUGUCAUGCUCCAAUCCCACUUACAGACCAUCCUGCCCCACCCCAGCCUGUCCUGACUACACACCUGGGUCACAAGACUCUAUCCUCAGGCUACCCUGACUCUGCCCAAAACCUGCUGGUCUCAGACACUAGCCAGGAACAUUUUAUGAGGUUUGUUACAGGGCUGUGAACACAUUUUCUUGAAUGUUGUUAAUGGAAACAAAAAUAAAUACAAUUCAUUCCAAAGAAGCAAUUGUGUGGCGUUUCCAGUGAUAAAAACUUACAUAUAUACAAAAAAGUGAAUACAUCUGUGAAUCUGUGCAUAGGAUUCAUCAAAGGGACUCUUAUCAUGUUUAUUAUUUUCUAAUGUACCCAAGUAGUCUUUGAUACCAUUUAUAAAAUCAAUUAUGAAUUAUAUUUCCAUGUUAUGCAUUACAUACAGUUCAAGUUUAAAAAUAGUUUUCUUGUUUUUAAUAACAAAAUCAAGAACAGCUGUACAAUAGUUUUCAAUAGUUUAAUAUCGUUUCUUUCCCUUUCCCUCGAUGAUCCUGCGGUUCAGGCAGUAUUUAUUGAUUGUUUUAUACAUGGUUUUAUUUUUUAACAAAGAUACAAAACAAUAUCAAUAUUUGUCAAAUAAUUUCAACUUUUCUUUUAUUGGUAUCAAACUGUGAAUUGUUAAAUAUGGGUUUGUGACAUCAAAAAAAAAAAAAAUAGCUGUGCAAUACUUGUAGUGCUUCAUUUAUUUAUAUUUAUGCAGCUGUCAUAUUGAGGCUAAGCAACAUUAAUUUUACAUAUCUAGCAGUCUUACCACAAACAUACAAAUUAGAGCUUUUUAUUGGUUGGCCAUGGGGGUAUUUUGGAAGCAGGAUAUAGUGGGGUACUAAAUUCUGAGAGGUAGUUACUAUUGCAUGGUUUUCUAGUGAGGGUGUAUGACCGCUCUAUUUAAUAGUUGUCUCUAUUUCUAAGAAAUAUGGGGGGGGCAUAAUCUGCAGUUGUUGGAUUAGAGGGAGUGGGUGCAAGGGCAGUAGAAUUUCCAGUGUGCUAAAAAAUCUAAAAGUUGAAGUUCACUGCCUGACCAAACAAUAAAUACAUCAUCCAUGUAUCUGCUAUAGGUUACCAGGUAUUGCGUCCAGCUAUUUUGGCUAAAAACAAAAAUAUUUUACCAAUCGGCUAUGAACCAAUUACCAUAGCUGGGUGUAAAUCAGUGUCCAUCGCAGUUCCACUAAUUUGUAGGAAAUAUUGAUUGUCAAACCAAAAGAUUUUCCAGUGCAGCACAAAAACUAAAUAAACUACUGUUCCUGGCAUCUAUGUAUGUAACAAUAACUGUCUUCCAAGCCAUUCACUAUUAGAGAGAGAGAGAUGCAGUGAAUUAUGACCAAUGCAUAUUGAAGGACUGCUCUCUGAUUGGUGAAAACAUUAAUUUCAAACUCCAUAGUGCAUUCUGGGUUGUUGUUGUUUUUAAGCAAUUCCUUAAAUAGAAGAAAUGGUCAUAAUAUAGAGAAUAAUUAAGCAUUUUUCUCAUCAGCACUGUAAUGUAGGGUAAUUGCAAGAUACAAGCAAACUCAUCAAGGCAUCUUGACAGUAUAGUUUAUACCAAAACCAUUUAUGUAAAAAAAGGUGCUUUUUUCAUUAACAAAACAUAUUAUGGAAAUGUUCUCAGCUGAUUAACUGUUAUGCAUUCAGCACAAUGCAGAUAUUAAAGCUCUUCAUUUCAUAUAUCAGCUUUUAUGAACUGUAAAAUGAGUAAUGUUUCUGCUGCAAUUUUACUAAUAUUUGUUUACAUAUGUUACAUAACAGUUUUUUUGUUUUUGUUUGCACGUUUUCUAAUGGGAUAUUUUCAUUAUAUGUCUAUUCUCUCUGUUACAUGUGAACACACUACAGUGAUACAUCUUCAGAAAAACUCCUGUCUUAUGAAUGAAUAAUGUAACCAAUAAACCAUGAAUAUGAA